ACAUUUAAACACAAGACUGACUUUGCCUCCUCUCCUCUUCGCCCUGCAUUCAUUUUGCUCGCCACCUCCUGAGCCAGCUCCAGCUCAGUUGUUAUGGCCUUGCACCCGCAUGUUUCUCCUGGGAGAUGGUCUCUGGAAUGGCCCGGGGUCCUAGGCAGUUCAUCUGCCAGCGCUUGCCAGGCAUGCAGCCCCCAUUUCAUCCACGCUUUUGAAAAGGCACGCGCUUAAGAAUCACCUGGAUCUUAACAAUAUCGGAAAAAAAAUUCACAGAGCUGUCUCUUUGAAUACGAGUCAUUUGCUUUGUGGCCUUGCGGAAUUACAGUAAUUUUAACAUUCACCAUCAUUCCAUUGCUUGUGAUUUCCAGGCUUCCUAUGGCAUGGUUUGCUGAUGGGAUGUUAUUAAAAGAAUUGUUCUUUUACUAUUACUAUGUUAAUGGAAUUAUUUAAUCACAUAAGAGACCUAAUCAAUUAACUAGUCUAGAUUAUAGACAAUUUUAGAGCCUUGCAGUUAGUGAACUGAACUUUAAUCAUUGCUGUCUAUCACAUUCUGUUGCUGUCUGUUUCACUGGAAUAAGAACUAAUAGACAUCUACUAUAUAUGUGUUCAGAGACCAUUUCCACACAUAAACCAGUGAAAGUGUUUCAGGUGCUGUUAAAAAAAAAAUCAAAGGUAAGAAGAUACAUCUAAGGGUAUGGGCAAACAAAAAGUACAGAAACUUAAGACAAAAAAGAGGAACCGGUGUGUGGGUUAAGAGGUAGCUGACUGACAAGCUCUUGAAAAUAUCUGCCUUUUUCUUUUGGGUUUGGGUUGAGCUAACCCAGUGGUUUUUAACCUUUUGAAGGUUUUGGAUACUUUUGAGAAUCAGAUGAAAGUUCACAGCCUUCCCCAGCCCCUGAAGCCCAUCUGUGGACCCCAGGCCUGAAGACCAUCGUGGGUGCCCUCAUUCAGUCCGUGAAGAAGCUUUCGGACGUGAUGAUCCUGACAGUGUUCUGCCUGAGUGUGUUCGCCUUGAUCGGACUGCAGCUGUUCAUGGGGAACCUGCGCAACAAGUGUGUGGUGUGGCCCAUCAACUUCAACGAGAGCUACCUGGAGAACGGCACCAAAGGCUUUGAUUGGGACGAGUACAUCAACAAUAAAACAAAUUUUUACACAGUUCCUGGCAUGCUAGAACCUUUGCUUUGUGGGAACAGUUCGGAUGCUGGGCAAUGCCCAGAGGGAUACCAGUGCAUGAAAGCAGGGCGCAACCCCAACUAUGGGUACACAAGCUUUGACACUUUCAGCUGGGCCUUCUUGGCAUUGUUUCGCCUUAUGACCCAGGACUAUUGGGAGAACUUGUAUCAGUUGACCUUACGGGCAGCUGGGAAGACAUACAUGAUCUUCUUCGUCUUGGUCAUCUUUGUGGGUUCUUUCUACCUGGUGAACUUGAUCUUGGCUGUGGUGGCCAUGGCCUAUGAAGAACAGAAUCAGGCCACUCUGGAAGAGGCAGAGCAAAAAGAGGCUGAGUUCAAAGCAAUGUUGGAGCAACUUAAGAAGCAACAGGAAGAGGCACAGGCUGCCGCCAUGGCCACUUCAGCGGGAACUGUCUCAGAAGACGCCAUAGAGGAGGAGGGUGAAGAAGGGGUAGGCUCUCCUCGGAGCUCAUCUGAAAUUUCUAAACUCAGCUCCAAGAGUGCCAAGGAAAGACGUAACCGGAGAAAGAAGAAGAAGCAAAAGGAACUCUCUGAAGGAGAGGAGAAAGGAGAUCCUGAGAAGGUGUUUAAGUCAGAAUCCGAAGACGGCAUGAGAAGGAAGGGCUUUCGGCUGCCAGACAACAGGAUAGGAAGGAAAUUUUCCAUCAUGAAUCAGUCCCUGCUCAGCAUCCCGGGCUCGCCGUUCCUCUCGCGCCACAACAGCAAGAGCAGCAUCUUCAGCUUCCGCGGGCCGGGCCGGUUCCGGGACCCGGGCUCGGAGAACGAGUUCGCGGACGACGAGCACAGCACGGUGGAGGAGAGCGAGGGCCGGCGCGACUCGCUCUUCAUCCCCAUCCGCGCGCGCGAGCGCCGCAGCAGCUACAGCGGCUACAGCGGCUACAGCCAGGGCAGCCGCUCGUCGCGCAUCUUCCCCAGCCUGCGGCGCAGCGUCAAGCGCAACAGCACGGUGGACUGCAACGGCGUGGUGUCGCUCAUCGGGGGCCCCGGGCCGCACAUCGGCGGGCGCCUCCUGCCAGAGACUACAACCGAGGUGGAAAUUAAGAAAAAAGGCCCUGGAUCGCUCUUAGUUUCCAUGGACCAGCUGGCCUCCUAUGGGCGGAAGGACAGGAUCAACAGUAUAUUGAGUGUUGUCACAAAUACACUAGUAGAAGAACUGGAGGAGUCACAGAGGAAGUGCCCACCAUGCUGGUAUAAAUUUGCCAACACCUUCCUCAUCUGGGAGUGUCACCCCUAUUGGAUAAAACUGAAAGAGAUUGUGAACUUGAUCGUUAUGGACCCUUUCGUGGACUUGGCCAUCACCAUCUGCAUUGUCCUGAACACACUCUUUAUGGCGAUGGAGCACCACCCAAUGACGCCGCAGUUCGAACACGUCUUGGCUGUAGGAAAUCUGGUUUUCACUGGAAUUUUCACAGCGGAAAUGUUCCUGAAGCUCAUAGCCAUGGAUCCCUACUAUUAUUUCCAAGAAGGUUGGAACAUUUUUGACGGAUUUAUUGUCUCCCUCAGUUUAAUGGAACUGGGUCUAGCAGACGUGGAGGGGCUUUCGGUGCUGCGAUCUUUCCGAUUGCUGCGAGUCUUCAAAUUGGCGAAAUCCUGGCCCACCCUGAACAUGCUGAUCAAGAUUAUUGGAAAUUCAGUGGGUGCCCUGGGCAACCUGACCCUGGUGCUGGCCAUUAUUGUCUUCAUCUUCGCCGUGGUGGGGAUGCAACUCUUCGGAAAGAACUACAAAGAGUGUGUCUGCAAGAUCAACCAGGACUGCGAACUCCCUCGCUGGCACAUGCAUGACUUCUUUCAUUCCUUCCUCAUUGUCUUUCGAGUGUUGUGUGGGGAGUGGAUCGAGACCAUGUGGGACUGCAUGGAGGUGGCAGGCCAGGCCAUGUGCCUCAUUGUCUUCAUGAUGGUCAUGGUUAUUGGCAACUUGGUGGUGCUGAACCUGUUUCUGGCCUUGCUCCUGAGCUCCUUCAGCGCAGACAACCUGGCAGCCACAGACGACGACGGGGAAAUGAACAAUCUGCAGAUCUCGGUGAUCCGCAUCAAAAAGGGGGUGGCGUGGACCAAACUGAAGGUGCGUGCCUUCAUGCAGGCGCACUUCAAGCAGCGGGAGGCUGAUGAGGUGAAACCUCUGGACGAGCUGUAUGAAAAGAAGGCCAAUUGCAUUGCCAACCACACCGGUGCAGACAUCCACCGGAAUGGUGACUUCCAGAAAAACGGCAACGGCACGACCAGCGGCAUUGGCAGCAGCGUGGAGAAGUACAUCAUUGAUGAAGACCACAUGUCCUUCAUCAACAACCCCAACCUGACCGUGCGGGUCCCCAUCGCCGUUGGCGAAUCUGAUUUUGAGAACGUCAACACAGAGGAUGUCACCAGCGAGUCGGACCCCGAUGGCAGCAAAGAUAAACUGGAUGACACCAGCUCCUCCGAAGGAAGUACCAUCGACAUCAAGCCAGAAGUAGAAGAAGUUCCCGUGGAACAGCCUGAGGAAUACUUGGAUCCAGACGCCUGCUUCACAGAAGGUUGUGUCCAGCGAUUCAAGUGCUGCCAGGUCAACAUUGAAGAGGGGCUGGGCAAGUCCUGGUGGAUCCUGCGGAAAACCUGCUUCCUCAUCGUGGAGCACAACUGGUUUGAAACCUUCAUCAUCUUCAUGAUUCUGCUGAGCAGCGGCGCCCUGGCCUUCGAGGACAUUUACAUCGAGCAGAGAAAGACCAUCCGUACCAUCCUGGAGUACGCAGACAAAGUGUUCACCUACAUCUUCAUCCUGGAGAUGUUGCUCAAGUGGACCGCUUACGGCUUCGUCAAGUUCUUCACCAACGCCUGGUGCUGGCUGGACUUCCUCAUUGUUGCUGUAGUGGUGAAUGCCUUGGUGGGCGCCAUCCCCUCCAUCAUGAAUGUGCUGCUGGUGUGUCUCAUCUUCUGGCUGAUUUUCAGCAUCAUGGGAGUUAACCUGUUUGCGGGAAAAUACCACUACUGCUUUAACGAGACGUCUGAAAUCCGCUUUGAAAUUGAAAUCGUCAACAAUAAAACUGAGUGUGAGAAGCUCAUGGAGGGAAACAAUACGGAAAUCAGGUGGAAGAACGUGAAGAUCAACUUUGACAACGUUGGGGCGGGAUACCUGGCACUUCUUCAGGUGGCAACCUUCAAGGGCUGGAUGGACAUCAUGUAUGCAGCCGUAGAUUCCCGAAAGCCUGACGAGCAGCCUAAGUAUGAAGACAACAUCUACAUGUACAUCUACUUUGUCAUCUUCAUCAUCUUCGGCUCCUUCUUCACCCUGAACCUGUUCAUUGGUGUCAUCAUUGAUAACUUCAAUCAACAAAAGAAAAAGUUUGGAGGUCAGGACAUCUUCAUGACUGAAGAACAAAAGAAGUACUACAAUGCCAUGAAAAAGCUGGGCUCAAAGAAACCACAGAAACCCAUUCCCCGCCCUUUGAACAAAAUCCAAGGUAUCGUCUUCGAUUUUGUCACUCAACAAGCCUUUGACAUUGUUAUCAUGAUGCUCAUCUGCCUUAACAUGGUGACGAUGAUGGUGGAGACAGAUACGCAGAGCAAACAGAUGGAGAACAUUCUCUACUGGAUUAACCUGGUCUUCGUCAUCUUCUUCACCUGUGAGUGUGUGCUCAAAAUGUUCGCCUUGAGGCACUACUACUUCACCAUUGGCUGGAACAUCUUCGACUUCGUGGUGGUCAUCCUCUCCAUCGUGGGAAUGUUCCUGGCUGAUAUAAUUGAGAAAUACUUUGUUUCCCCAACCCUAUUCCGAGUCAUCCGGUUGGCCCGUAUUGGGCGCAUCUUGCGUCUGAUCAAAGGCGCCAAAGGGAUUCGUACCCUGCUCUUUGCCUUAAUGAUGUCCUUGCCUGCUCUGUUCAACAUUGGCCUUCUGCUCUUCCUGGUCAUGUUCAUCUUCUCCAUCUUCGGGAUGUCCAAUUUUGCAUAUGUGAAACACGAGGCUGGCAUUGAUGACAUGUUCAACUUUGAAACAUUUGGCAACAGCAUGAUCUGCCUGUUUCAGAUCACAACCUCGGCGGGGUGGGACGGCCUGCUGCUGCCCAUCCUGAACCGCCCCCCUGACUGCAGUCUGGAUAAGGAGCACCCAGGGAGUGGCUUUAAGGGGGACUGCGGAAACCCCUCGGUGGGCAUCUUCUUCUUUGUAAGCUACAUCAUCAUCUCCUUCCUUAUAGUUGUGAACAUGUAUAUAGCUAUCAUCUUGGAGAACUUCAGCGUAGCCACAGAGGAAAGUGCAGACCCUCUGAGUGAGGAUGACUUUGAGACCUUCUAUGAGAUCUGGGAGAAGUUUGACCCCGAUGCCACCCAGUUCAUCGAGUACUGUAAGCUGGCGGACUUUGCAGACGCCCUGGAGCACCCUCUCCGAGUGCCCAAGCCCAACACCAUCGAGCUCAUUGCCAUGGAUCUGCCCAUGGUCAGUGGGGACCGCAUCCACUGCUUGGACAUCCUUUUUGCCUUCACCAAGAGGGUCCUGGGAGACAGUGGGGAGUUGGACAUCCUCCGGCAGCAGAUGGAGGAGCGGUUCGUGGCAUCCAAUCCUUCCAAAGUGUCUUACGAGCCGAUCACGACCACGCUGCGGCGCAAGCAGGAGGAGGUGUCUGCGGUGGUCCUGCAGCGCGCCUACCGGGGACAUUUAGCCAGGCGGGGCUUCAUUUGCAGAAAGAUGACUUCCAAUAAGCUGGAGAACGGAGGCACACACCAGGAGAAAAAGGAGAACACCCCGUCCACAGCCUCCCUCCCAUCCUAUGACAGUGUAACUAAACCCGAGAAGGAGAAGCAGCAGCGGGCAGAGGAAGGAAGAAGAGAAAGAGCCAAAAGACACAAAGAGGUCAGAGAAUCCAAGUGUUAGAGGAAAGCAAAAAUUCAAUAUUGUACAGAUUUAAAACUCGCAAGUGAAAGAUUGUUUACAAACUUCCUGAAUAUUAUCAAUGCAGAACAGCUGUGGAGACACUUUACCUGAAGAUCUAUACCAAACGUAGUCUGCUUACCGUGUCACAUGGUUGCAUCUUGAGCAGUGACCUGCCAAGGGCAGAGGACCCUGCUCUCUGGACUCACAGAUUUUCUAAUGCUUGGGCAGGUUGAUACUGCAUGUUCCACAUCAGUCAGUGCAACUUAGGACAAAACUAACAGGAUACAAAAACAGAGGCGAGGCUGCCGGGACCAGCAUAUUCCCGCUGCAGCCCCAUGGAUUUUAUUUUUUCAUUUUGUUGAUUCUCAGAAACAGAAAGCAUCACUUUAAAAGUUUGUUUGUUCAUGCAAACUAUACUUGCAUUCUUACAUUAGUUAAGCUAAGCAGCAAAAAGAAAACACACACACGCACACGCACACAGACUCACCUUUAGCCCGUGUCAUUUAAGUGUCAGUUUCUUUGACAUAAACCACAUCUUCUCCACAUGGGCUUUACAUGGUUUGGAGAUGGGUGGGGGAAAACAAUCAGGUUUCUUCAGGCUGAGGAGGACUUGCUCAGGCUGAUUCCAAACAUUGUGCUCGUUCAAUGCGUAGAAAUGAUUUGCAUGAUGGCAUGCCGUGAUCAGAAGUCAUGCAUGAGAACCAUACACCACAGGACACUACUAAUCCUGUCCCCUGCACUGGGUCAGCCUUUGGACAGGACCCAGCCCUGCACCGUUCACUGUAUUUGGAGAAAAAAAAAAAAGGGGGAAGCGUUCCAUACCCGCUGCAAUUAUUUAUGAAUUCUUAGAAGUCUUUCAUACACCUUCUGGGUAGGGAAACAUAACCAACCAGUUGACACCACCACCAACAAAAACAAACCCAGUCCGACCAGCAGCUGGAUCCGUUGCGUGUAUAUGUUUCACAGACGUCUCUGACAUACAGCCAUUGUUGCACACUUUGAAAGAUGAACUAUUUCUUGCUGCUCUGUGUCCCGUACACGGGGAGGCUUCGAUCUCGAAUGGCUUGUGUUGCUAAUGUCACUGUAAAUCCAAAUCCUAGGGCUAAAAACAACAAAAAGUUCAUUUGUAUCUUGCAAUAUUUAUGAUGAUCGGUUUAGCCUUUCAUACUCGGAGAACUCGCACUUAUUUGGGGUGGAGAUAAAAGUGCUAUUCAAAGUAGCAUGUUAUCUCUAGGGGGUUAUUUGGGGGACUUAAAACAACCGUUUGUUGGGGGUACAGGGGUGCUCACUUCAUUCAGUGUCAUGUCCUUCUGCAUCGUGGCUUUCUCCGGGCUUGGGUCCACAGGGCGGGGGUUCAGGUGUUCUGGACUGGCCCCUCUCUUCCACGGAGGGGUUGUCGCAAGCUCGCACACCGCAUGCUCCCUCCUGCCUCCAUCAUGUCCGUCCACCAAGCAGGGCUCCCCCGACCCGCAGAGGUGGGUGCGGGCAGCAGCACUGGGGCUGUCGCCGCGGUUUCUUCUGCUUGGUAUUAGAAUCAGUAGUCACUGGUGGGAGAGGUAGAGACGGAGCCGCCUCUGAAACGAACCCAUUGCAGAUGGCUUCUCUGUUGCACUGGUUCUCAUGAGAAGGUGGCUUCAUGAAGUUCGUUAGGAUGUUCCAGCUUCCCCCAGCGCGUUCCCUGGCAGCCGGUUCUGCGCUCUGCUCGGCGACCCGCCCAUCCUCACUGGAAGGUGGCUGGAGGGUGGUGGAGGGGGGAUGCAUCCUCGCUUCCAUCCCAUCUCCUGCUUUAGGGAAGACAGUCUUUAAUCCAGGGGUUUCUCACCUGAUGACUAGAUUUCAAAGCCAAGAUGCUGCAGUCGAUACGAAGAAAGAGGAGAGACUUUAGCAUGUGCACCAAAUACCAAUAAAUCCUUCCUGAAGCAUACCCUAGAGGGGAAUACAGAGCAACCCAUAAUCAGACACACCAAUCUGCCUUGCAGUAGAAGCACUUUGGAUGUAAAUCACAGUCCAGUUGACUAGUUUUGCGUAGAACAAACCACAGCAAGUCAGUCAGCAGAGCUUUCUACCGUGUCGGAUCAUUAGAAACUCUGUCCAGCUCUCCUUAGCCUGCUUCUGCGGCGCCACCCGUAGAACUUUUGUACUCUACCCGGUCCCAGGUUGGGAAGGCUUUUCCUUCAGUGACCCUGCUAACUGCUAGGAUGAAUGUAUAGUAACAUGUACAGGCUACAUCGUAAACAGCACAAACCAGAAGACGACGUGUGGUUAUUCUUUUUAAGAGAAUUAUAAAUACUGUAAUAUAUCAUUUUAUUUUAUUGGCAUGCCUUUUUGUAAAUACAAAUUAUUAACUUAUUAAAUAGGAAAUGGCUUCUGGCUUAUGCCAUUGUCAUGUUUAUUUUUAUUUUUUAUACUUUUCUUUCUUCUUAGAACUUAGAUGCUGUCAGCCAAUGUACAUCCCCCAACCAGACAGACAGACAAAAAAUUUUUUAUUGCUAAUGGUCUUUUCCAAAACAACAAAAAAAUAUAUAUAUUUUUGUUCCAAUGUGCAAUAAAUUCUAACCACUUCUAUGCAAGAUUUGGCUAAACUUCAUAAUUGCUCUUUGGUCUUGAGGUGGACAGCAGAGCUAUAAGAUCCUGCUCCGUACCCCAGUUGCUCAUGCCAGUGAUGUCAUUCAGCUACUACAGCAUAUUAAUGAGAUUUUUCUGAGAUCUGACCUUUUUCCUCCCCAGACCCAGAUCCCAGCCCUUCCAGGCUGUCUCAGCAGCGCACACACGGGCCUUGGUGCCUGACACCCGUCAGCCAGCUUUACAGGGAAGAAACCACCCCCAGUCUAUUAGUCUAGCUGAAGUUUCGCUUUUCUUUCAUAACUUUUCCCACCUUCGCUCUCAUCCACUGUCCCUCCACUCAUUUCUCUCUCUCCUCUCUCCCUUGCUCUCUCUUGCGCUCACUCUCUCUCGCGUGCGCGCUCUCUCUCUCACCUACCCCGCUCCACACCUCUUUGGUAGUAAAUGACACCAUCACCAGCAGUUUACACCCGCAGUUAACAGGCAUUGAACUGAAAGAACCAGGGAGGGAGUUUCUGUACCUCUUCACUGAGUGGGUUCGUGGCAACGCUUUGCCAAAUAUUAACGAAGCCAAUCAAAAAGCAGCAGCAGACACAGUAUCAC